UCUGCUUUCCUGCCCCUGCAAGCACGGCUUGUGGAGGCGACCAUACUAUGGUGUAAGGAAGCGAGGGGGCCCGUGCAAUUCAUUAUUAGUUUGAAUCAGACAAUAUAAAACUCUGACCUUUUGUUUGUUUUAUAAUGUAACGGCAUCUCAAAUGCACGGGCGCGCUUUUAAAUGAGGCACGCGUAAAGCGGAGACUUAAACGCUGCUGAUUUGAUGCUCUGCUCUCAUCAUUAUCAUCACCAGCAGUAUCAUUAGUAGCUAACUGGCAUUUUGUUUUCGGGGGCUUCGGCGAGAAGUGACAAGAAUCUAAGACCCCUCCUCUGCAGGGCGGAGCGUGCAUUUUGAUGUCGAUUUUGUAUCUUUUUUUCUUCUCUGACACGUCCGCACUGAGUGAAUGGCAUUGGCACAUUGUCAAUCGCUCACUACCGCUGCCAUCAAACAACAUAAAGCACACACAGCCCGCGCGCUCGACUCAUAAAUUUCCGCCAGCAGAUAUUUUUGCGCAUCGCUUUAUGGCGCGUGAUUAAUUUUUUUCGCUAGUUUUUCUAUUUUACCUACUGAAAGUGAGAAAACUUUUUUAUACGUUUUUGUAUAUAUUUUUUUCUCUACAAUCUUUAUAGCUCUGGUCGCCGGUGCUGAUGGUUUAAUUUAUUUCACUCGGGUUCUUUUAUUUUCUUAUGCAGUUUUUUUAUUUUUGGAGGAAAAAAAAGAAAUCUUUUUAAAAGACAACAUUCUGCCAGUUGUCCACACUCAACCUGCGUCUUUUUAAUUACACAAUCAUUAAUUUUGAUUAAUUAUCACUUUCCGUCAGAGGCAUGGGAUGUUUUGUUUGCAACUCUUUGUAAUACUACGGAUUUGUCCAAGUUUUCCAGAAGUGCACAAGGCGAAAUUAUCCUAAGAAGACAGCAAAUAAGAAUUCCAGACAUCUGCAAAGGACCCCGGCUCUUCAAAGAGAAAAAAGACAAAUUGGCAUGAAGAUUCGGACAGGAUUGAACGGGCAACCGCUGUCACCUGAACGCUGAAGUUUACUUCAAUAACAAACAAGAAAGAUCAUCGCUAAUUUUCCUCUAAUGGACAUUCUUACAGGAGGAUCAAAGACGAUUUAAAUCUUUUCCCGGGACAUCAAUUCCGCGAUCCAGCGAUUUAUUGUAUUUUUCUUCUCUUCUGCGUUGCUUCACGGUCAAUAUUUUGUGCACGAUAGCGACCCGUUAAACGCCGCACAUGAAAUAAUCAAGUUGUUUUUGCAUGUGCAUUAUCCGAGUUUAUUUCACCCAUCUCAGUGACUGAGCACGAGCGCAUUGAUUGUGUUGCGGCGGACUAUGGACGAGCAAGCCCGGAUCAUGCAGACUCUCGGCGGUGUCAGCCUGGCUGGUCACUCGGUACAAGGCGGCAUGGCUCUGCCGCCUCCACAUGGACACGACGGAACCGAUGGGGAUGGAAGAAAACAAGACAUCGGUGACAUUCUGCAUCAGAUCAUGACCAUCACCGACCAAAGCCUGGACGAGGCGCAAGCAAAGCACAGGAAACAUGGGCUCAACUGUCACAGAAUGAAGCCAGCCCUCUUCAGUGUGCUCUGCGAGAUCAAAGAGAAAACAGGUCUAAGUAUCCGCGGGGCUCAGGAGGAGGAUCCACCAGAUCCACAGCUGAUGCGUCUGGACAACAUGCUGCUGGCGGAGGGUGUAGCCGGACCAGAGAAGGGUGGAGGAUCAGCGGCGGCGGCGGCUGCAGCAGCAGCGGCUGGCAGUCCCACUGACAACUCCAUCGAGCACUCCGACUACAGGGCCAAACUCUCCCAGAUCAGACAGAUCUACCACACCGAGUUGGAGAAAUACGAGCAGGCAUGUAAUGAGUUCACUACCCACGUAAUGAACCUGUUGAGGGAACAGUCUCGCACACGGCCCAUCUCGCCCAAAGAGAUUGAACGCAUGGUCAGCAUCAUUCAUCGCAAAUUCAGCUCCAUCCAAAUGCAGCUUAAACAGAGCACCUGUGAGGCUGUCAUGAUCUUGAGGUCCCGCUUCCUUGACGCCAGACGGAAACGGCGGAACUUCAGCAAGCAGGCGACCGAGAUCCUGAAUGAGUAUUUUUACUCGCAUCUUAGUAACCCUUAUCCCAGCGAAGAGGCCAAAGAGGAGCUGGCUAAGAAGUGCAGCAUAACAGUAUCCCAGGGGGUGGGAACCACCAUCACAGUGGCACAGGUAUCCAACUGGUUCGGCAACAAGAGGAUCCGCUACAAAAAAAACAUCGGCAAGUUCCAAGAGGAGGCCAACCUGUAUGCCGCUAAGACAGCCGUGACUGCAGCACAUGCAGCAGCUGCCGCCGUCCAGAAUAGUCAGACCAACUCACCCACCACACCCAACUCCGGAUUCCAGAUGAAAGAUGAAGAAUUUCAGCUGGAUUCUGCAGAGAACAAAAACACUCUAUUAACCAACAUGUUCACUGGUUCGUCAGGUUCUUUUAACCUCCCAAACUCGGGGGACUUGUUCAUGAGCAUGCAGAAUCUGAAUGGGGAUUCUUACCAAGGGGCACAAGUCGGAGCCAAUGUGCAGUCACAGGUGGAUACCCUGCGCCAUGUUAUCAGUCAGACGGCAGGAUACAAUGAUGUCCUGGGGGGGAAUCCCAUGUAUAGUCCACAUGGCUUGAAUGGUAAUGGAGGAUGGCAGGACGCUACGACUCCAUCCUCUGUGAUCUCCCCUACAGAAGGCCCUGGUAGUGUGCACUCUGAUACCUCGAACUGACACGCCCCUUCCCAAACUGUGGAGAACCAAUCACACGAUUACGAACCCACAGACUGACCAAUCAGAGACACAGAAUAAACUGUCAUCCUCAUGGAAUCAUCCACUUUUCCACAGUGUUUCGGAAGCUGGACAAUUCUUAGCCGUAAACAUCAGUCCACUGCGGUUUUUACUAACACAAGCUCUCCUCCAACAUAUUCAGCUGUUUUUUUAUAUAUAUAUAUAUAUUAUUUGAAGUGUACAAGCUCAAAGUGUAUGCUACAGUAUGUUUUUUUUUUUUUUUUUGGAGUUUGUUGGUCAUAAUUGUUUUAACCGACUGUCGGCAAAGCUUUAGUGCAGUAAUACAAUUGAAAAUAUGAAUAUAUUCAUAAGAUGCAUUUAACAGGGCUAAAUGCUACGGAAGGCAGCUUGGGGAAUCCAUUGCUUUUUUUGUUGAGCUUUUAUUAAUGUCAUACUAAAAUAAGACCACCUAUGAAUGGCAAUCCACUCCAAUUUUGGGGGGUGAUUUUUAAAUACCUGGCAAUUAAUGUCUUUUUUUAACAAAAACGAAAUGUAAUUAAUAUUCAGUCCACUACAAUUAAUGAAGGAAGUUGUAAAGGAAAAAUGGGACAUUUUGUUGGAUGCUUUUCUGGCAGUUUUCCAUUCAAAAAAGGUUCUUGUAUAUGACAUAGCUUGAGAGUAUUUCUACACCACACAAGUAAAUACUCCGCUUUAUUACCUCAUUGAAACUCAUAGAAAACCAAUAGAUUUAAAACAUUUCUUUAGCUUCUAGUGCUCUCACUGACUACCUCUCAACAAAAUCACCACCACAUUUAUUUUUUCGUCUUUUUCUUUCAUUCCUUCUUUUUAAAAAUAUUUUUUUUUACAUUUGUUAGUUUGGUUGAAAUCCAUCUUGUAAGAAAUUUGCUCUCUCUGUCUCUCUCUCUCGCUCUUUAUGUAAUCUAAUGUAUAUUUUAACCUUCUAAGAAAACUAAGUUGCUUUGUUGCAACUUUUAAAAGAAAAAAAAAAGAAAAAAAGAAUCAUAAUAUUAAUAAUACGAAUAGCACGGAGAGUAUGGAGAGUACAGUGGCUGGUGGAGGGGCAAUUCUGUGCUGGAUUUGAAGGGAAGGGGGGAAAUAUGAUCAUAAAAUUAACACCAAACAGUUAAACUGUUGUAAAUACUGAAAAAACAAACAUUUUGAAUGUUGCUCAUCUUGUUACUAAUUCAUGCAAAAAAAGAAAUAAAAAAAUAAUAAAUAAAAACCCAUGAUUUAAAAAAAAAAAAAGAAAGAAAACCUGUAAUGCAUAGAGGUUUCAGUAUUCAGAAUUGUACAUUUCAAAUCCUGUGUGACAGGGUUACCGACUUACUUUCUCUUUUUUGUAUCGUAUGUGAUUCUGAAACUGAUAAAAAAAAAAGUCAUACAAAAUUUAUUUGUGGCAGUGGUUCUAAUGUAUUAAAGAUGUUUCGUGUUUCUUUCUAACCAGACUACACCCUGGACUGAAAAGUCUUCCUUGUGGUAGUUAUGUGUAAUUUCAGACAUGAAUAAACUGUUUUCCUUUCAUGACA